AUGAUGUGCACCUCCAAGCGAGCCCUUAAGGGCCCGGAACAGAGAGGUUGCCGUCCUGCAUCCUUGGACCUUAAAUCUCUCGGCCUGCCAACCUAUCUGGCCGAUGGGGACAAUUUGUCUCCAUUUGUGGUCCAGAAUAACCAGCUCUCACCAAUCCCCGGUAAAUUGUUCAGCCAGGCGCUGAAUAUCAAGGAAUCAAUUAAGACCGCGCUCACCAAAUUGGCCAAUGGCGAUGAUCUGUCUCCCCUGCUGGUCCAACAAAUUGACCAGCCCUCGCCAAUUCCUCACGCCUUAAUCAACAAGUCAUUGAGCAUCAACGAAACUUCCGAGGCCACUCCCCUUCAAGGCCCAUUCCUCUUCUCUGGCCACCAGGGAAACAUCCAUCCCACAGUCAAGUUGAGCCCUCGUCCUUCCCCCCCCAGGGACGGUGCGUCGAACGCCGUAAACGUGAACUGGCCACUUCCACACAUUCGCUCUGUCGGUCCAGUCAACGAGGAUGGCUUCGCCAUCGUUAUUCAGACCUGGUAUGAUUUCCGUCCCAUGACGGAGUUCGGACUCACAGUCCUCUGGAUCGCCUCGCUCGUUCUGUUUCAACCUGCAAUCCUUCCCUCCUCGAACCCGCACACGAGUUCAGUACUUCGGCCGGCCCGAUGGAAGACCUCGCAAGAAGCCUCGCUAUAUUCUAGGAUUUCGUCGUAG